AGGGGGGACCGAGUUUCCACGAUGCCAGUCAGCCGAGUUGAGCACCGAGUGAGCACCAGGCUAGCAGCUGACUAGCUGGGGGAGUCGGCCGAGCCAGCUUUCGUCCGAGUCGUCGUCGGGUCGGGUCAGAAAAAUCCGCCCCCGAGAGGACACCCAUGGCCGAUUAGAAACGGGUGUUCUGGUGCCAGCAGCGCACACACACAUAUUGGGGCCACUCUAGCGAGCCGCUGUUAAAACAUUUAAUCGCCUCGCACAUUCCUCGGCUGGAGCCAGGUCACUCAACCGUCUGCGUGCCACCCCGACCUUGUUUGCAAGGCCCUCUCUCAGGUCAUCAUGUCAAAAGCCGAGCAAGACGACAUUGUCAAAAACCUCAAGUCCUGCAUCUCCUCCAGCAAGGGCGGCAUCCCCAUUUCAGCAAUAAGCAGAGAUUAUCAUAUGCUCAUUGGAGAUCCGCUACCGUACCGCGGACUUGGUUUUUCCAAAGUUGAGGACCUGAUUCAGUCCAUUCCUGACCUGAAAGUGGUGAAGGGGCCGAAAGGCGAGCAAGUGGUGCAGAUCGUCCCUUCCAAGAGGCAACGCAACGACCAGCAGGCGCGUCUCAUCGCGGUGCAGAAGUCGGCCAACGGCGGCCGCUUUGUGCCCCGCGCUGCUCGCAAGCCCAACGACCACACCACAGAGGAGCAGCAGCGGAAGCCCAACAUCAAAGAGACCAACUGGCGCACCGGCGGAUCCAACGUGCCGCAGAGGGAGGUUCGCAGCCCUGCUUUGUUAAGGCAACUCUCACAGCCCCAGCAGAACACCAACGGCCGCAGAUCGAGCCAAGAAAAUAACAGGAAAUUUUCAAAAUUUUCUGCGCAGGAGGGAAUUCCUCACAGUAGCAAAAACUUGACCUGGCGGCGACCUUCGCCCGACGACGACCAAAGCAGCCAAACUGCCACUAAUCAUGGCGGACUCCGAAAACCGAAACGAGUCGAAACCAACAACAACAACGAAGAACUUCUAUACACGCCAGUCGUGUGUCCUGUGGCCAGUAUUAGAAAUCCGUACGAACCCCCAGCCGCAGAGAUCGUAGCAACCCAGCACAUUUCCACCCUCAGAAACUAUGUGGCCAAGCAAAAGCUGGGUGAAAUCGAGUUCAAGACUAUCGAGAUGGCCAUUGAGUUCUCCAAGAUGUACGUCUCAUCAGUUACUAUUGGCCAAGACUUCAAACUGAGCACCUAUCCCAACGGAGGAUCCACUGCACAAGAGGCGCUGGAUCUGGUUGCCAGAAUGGCAUACGAAGCUCUGGUUGAGAAAAACAGAAAGGCGGCUCCUCAGUUGCAAGCAACCACCGACAGCAGCGAAGCUUUGCAAAGAAUACUCAAGCUUUUGCUGUCGCAUCCCAAUGGCAUGUGGUCCAGCAAAGUGCCCGGAGAAUACAGCGAACUGUACAGCGAGAAACUGCCAGACGACUGGCUCAAGCAGAUAAUGGCAUUCCCACAAGUGGACGCUAAUGUAAUAUCAGACAAGCAAAUCAUCCUCACUCUAAUUGAAAAUCCAACAGUGGAGGAUGCGAAUACUGCGCCUGCUAAUGAUUCCGUUGCGCGUCAGGAUGACAGUCCCAAGGGUGAGGAAACUCUUGCAAACCAAGUGAGUCAACCUCCUCCCAUCACCCUGCCGAAAGAAGAGCAUUGGGACGUUUACAUCACAAAUGCAAACUCAACCACCGAGCUUUGGCUCCGGCUCGUUGGCGAUAUCUACAGUGUGCUCUACGAAAACUUGGCCACUGAAAUGGAGCUGCACUACCUGGGCAGCAAGAAGGCUGUUGAAGGCUCGGUGAAGGAGGGCGACUUUUUUGCCCUGCAACUGGACGACUGCGUCCAUAGAGUGCAGCUCCAGAGCAUUGACAAUGGCAUGGCGCAGUGUCUGUUGCUCGACCACGGCCAAAUCGAAACAAUCGCCGCUUCAGAGUUGAAAGUUUUAGAAAAGCAAUUCUUGCGGUUGCCCUUCCAGGCUGUUCAGUGUGAGCUGAAAGGUUUGGAGGACUUCAGCAAUGCCGAAGGCGUCCAGGAAUUGCUGCUUGAUACCCUGAUUGGCAAAACCUUUGUGGCGCAGCCGUCACCCGAAUUUCUGGAACAACAGUAUCAACUGGACUCGCAGCCUGUGCCAUUGGUCCUUUUUGACACAAGUACAUCGGAGGACAUCAACGUCAAUACCCAGCUCUGGGAGAAAAUUGCUAGCACAAUUCUCACGCCUAAACUUCCAAAGGAGGGAAAAGUGAUCGAAGUUUCUGUCUCUUACAUUAAUUCCGAGGCAAACAUUUUUGUCCAGCUUUACAAUUCUGUUAUUCAUGGAAUCCAACAGAAAAUCACUCUAUUGGAUACUGAAAAGCUGGCUGGCGCCAAGCCAGUCAAACUGGCCAAGGGGAAAAUUUAUCUUGCUCAGUACACCGACGGAAUUUGGUACAGAGCCACAGUUACUAGUGCAAAUGAGAAGAAGGCCAUUGUCAUGUUCAUCGACUUUGGAAACACGGCCACAGUGGACGUGGCGAGGUUGAUUGACUUGGAGAGUGCCAUGCCAGACUUAGCGCAGAUUCCACCACAAGCAAUCAUGUGCACCCUGCACCACCUGAUUCCCAGCCCUGAUGUCAAAGUUUGCAAGAAAACCGUUGAAAGGUUGACCACCCUCUUGCCUGAAGACAAACCUCACCUGCUGAAGGUGAUUUGCCAAGCCAGCGGCUCCACUCCACCUGCAGUUGAGGUUUUCCGAAGGAUCGAGCCAGACAACUUGCUGGUGUCUGUGAAUAGCUCUAUCAGUCUGGACAACGAUCUGUUUGAGCUGAAAUCAGAGAAGAAGAAAGAGGAGAAAAUUAUUGCGCCCGAAAAGUCGGCAGAAAAAGAAAAGCCAGUUUCUCCUGUGCGCAACCUCAGCCUGAAAACGCUUCCUCCGCCAAAGAUUCCAGAGGUUGGAGGAUAUUUAGAUGUGAUUGUCGUCAUGGCAGCUAGUCCGUGCAAUUACAUAGUUCAACCCUACGAGCAUAGCAACGAGCUGCAAAACUUGAUGGUAGAAUUGCAGAACUUGCUGGGAGUUGACAAGGGGGUAAAAUUGCAGCCAGGGGAAGUGAGGGAAGGAGGUGUCUACGCCGCAAAACACCACGAUGGAAAGUGGUACAGAGCUCUAGUGAACAACCUCCUAAAAGGAGACCACUUUGCCUCAUACUUGAUGGACUUUGGAGACCAUGUGGUGGUGUCCCUUGACAAACUGCGAGUGCUUCCCCAGAAUUUCUGUGCUCUUCCCUACCAAGCUGUGAAAGCCAAGUUAGCAGGAGUCAAAGCAAUUAACAAUGACUGGAGAGUGGAGGACUGUGUGCGCUUCCAAGAGCUUGUUUGCAACAGGCCUUUUGUGUCGGUUGUCGAAGCAACCGGGCCUGACCUGAUCAACCCAUCGGAAAUGGUUUUGUGUCUGCGGUUGAUUGACACGAGCUCUGACGAGGACAUCGACAUAGCACAGGUGCUAAUCAAUGAGAAAAGAGCCACAAAGGCAGGCUAAGCUCUAAAAUGGGCGACCCGGUCGCUUGAGGAAAGUGGAAAACAAGGCAGCUUGGCUUGACCGCAAGAAGUAUGUUUGCUUAAUUCAGCUUCAGUACCCAUAGCAUGCUGGGCUCAAUUUAUUUACCAGCGAAUUAUUUGUGAACUACGAGGUUUAUAUGUGGAGGAGUGGAGUUAUUAAUACUUAAUUUAUUAAUAAUGGGAUUAACGACGAGCAGAGUUCUAUUACAAUAAUUAUAUUAUUACUGCGUAUUAAACGAUUUAAUAUUUGUAGUCAAUAAUAUUUAAAUUACAGAAGACAUCAUGCAAUCUUUUGACAAUAAUUAUAUUAUUUUGUCUUUUAAAGAUUGGUGCGUAAUUAUUUUUUAUCUUCUUAAGACAUUUGAUCACAAGCCAAAAUUUCCUUUUGGUUUUGGGCGCAAAUUUGAAUUUAAGAAUCUCUGCAGGCAUGUGUAGCUCUUUAGGAAGAGUAAGUUUCCUUUGCCAGAGCAUAAACGACAACUAACUAAAGCGGAAUUAAUUAAUUUAUACGGCUAGUUCUUUGAACUUUCCUUUUUAUUAUUUUUUCCCAUUGGAAAUUUUAGGCAGUAGAUGGAAAUGAUCGCAAAAUGCGACUGACACUAAUUGUGAUAGGCACACUGAAAAUAACAAUUCAUGCACCUUGACCAGUAAAACAAAAUGUUGCCAAAUUUUCUCAACUGCUAAAAAGCAAUAAUUCUGAAAUAUUUGGAUGCCAUGAUAAAGACUUUGCACUCAAUUGGGAGACUGGACGCAUACACCUCCAUCAAAUGUUUACAUACCAAACUCCUUUGUUUAGUUUUUAACACGAGGAAAAUAUUAUAUUCUGUGUUAUUUGUUUUUUAAUGGAAACUUUUUACUAUUUAAGAGCAAUAAAAAUGGAAUUUAAACUA